AUGAGUCGACGGCCUUCAAGGCGGAAAGCUGGCUUCGGCUGCCAGAGAGACACUCCUGAAUAUCUCCAGCUCGAGCAUCACCAUCAUGACCCAUACCGCGUCUCUCGCGCCUCACAAACAGUCACAUUACCACGUCUAAUAUGGUUCUUGUUCGUCCUCGUCGCACUUCAAGGACGUUUCGCUCUCGCCUCCUCCUCACUGAACCACCACCCACGCGAUGUCGUUCUCCCACUCCGCGUCACGAACAAUUGCAAGGACACCAUCUGGCCGGCUAUCCUGACCCAGAACGGGAUCGGCCCAUCUGUGUCCGGUUUUGCGCUGGCGCCGGGCGAUUCCAAUCCACAAACCGUCAGCGGGGACUGGAGAGGUAGGGUGUGGGCACGAACGAAUUGCAGUUUCCCAGUCUCUGGAGCUGGACCGGCAAGUGGACAGGGAGGAGCGGCAUGUACAACGGGAGAUUGCGGUAUGUUUAUGGAAUGUCAAGGAGCUGGUCAAGCACCGGCGACGCUGGCGGAAUUCACCAUGUCGUCCGACACGUAUCAGACCUUCUAUGAUAUCUCGCUGGUCGACGGCUACAAUCUUCCCGUGGGGAUUAUAGCCUUGGUCGAAGAGACAGGAAACUCAACAUUGGCCGACAUCCCGCCAAAUCUGACAAAUCCAGUCUGCAUUGGCACCUCAUCUCUCCUCGCAUCGAUAGGGCGCAGUUCCGACGUCGACUUCGGAACAAACGCCACGUUCCCACUACCCUUGGAGCAGUCGGCAACACCCGCAUUCGUCCAAGACUGGUGCCCGUGGCCAUUGCAACUUGCUCCACCUCAGAAACCCGGCGACGGAGUGUAUCCCUAUCCGGACGACAACAUCCAACGACCGAUUUUCAACCCAUGCCUCAGCGCCUGUGCAAAAUGGAACAAAGCUAAGUACUGUUGUACCGGAAAUCACAAUACCCCGGCGACCUGCUCGCCCAGCUUGUACUCAACGCAGGCCAAGAAGGUAUGUCCUGAUGCGUACAGCUACGCCUAUGAUGACCAGACCAGCACCUUCAUCAUUCCCCAAGGCAGCGGGUUUGAAGUGGUUUUCUGUCCCACCGGACGCAGUUCAAACAUCCUAGCCGUCUUUGGUGACCAACUGAGACAACUUGCGCAGACGGGACAUGUGACGAGAGAUAUUGUCGGGCUCGCGCAGAACGUCACCUAUAUCCGCGAGAAGAGCGGUGCUCGAAAUGGUAGUCGCCCGAGCCUGGUCUGGGUCGCAUCGGUGGUUUUCUUGGUCUGGACGUUACUGGGACAAUCUGGAGUGGUCUUGUAA